UGGCGGCCGAAACGAUGCAAAACAAGCUAAGACCGUGUUUUUUUUCCCUGUAUCUUUUGGUGUCACUUGCCUUUUUAACGAAAAUAUGUCGUUUAGAGUGUCCGAAAAGACCUUUGGAUGUGUUUAGGGUCGGUUUUGAGCCCAUUUUCAAAACGAAACCCGGAAAACGAACGGAAGUGUCUGCCUCUAAUUUGAACCUAAACAUCCGCCUUUGCAACGCGUGUGUUUACGUUAGCUCGAUGCCUCAGCAGAACAAUAAUUCGUAAAAACGUUUUAAUUAUUGAACUGAAGCGAGGUAUGUUUUCACGGUACGUUUUUGUGUUGCACAAUAGAGCUAUAAACGAAUGGAAAAGAUGUAGUUGACGUUCUUGCCUGCAAAACAGACAUGGACUUUGCCCUGGAGACAACCUGAAAGCACGAAGAGAUAGCGUUUUACACCGAAAAGCUUUGGAAACUCACCAUGGGUUUGGUGAAUUUCGUUAUCUCUACAGUAGGAAGAUGUUUGGACGCCGUGUGUUUACUGUUGGACCUGAACUUUCUCAUAGUCCACAGUGUGGUUCAGACUGUCCUGGCGGUCGUCUCCUUCAUAACAAGCUUGCCCACUCUCCUCCUCAACUCAGUGCUGGAGUUGGGGAACUUUAUCGUGUUUGGCCUGGUGUCUACGGCAGAGGCGACGUCAAACGUAGCCCAUGGGACAGUCACCAUGCUGGGGAGGUUAGUGCUGGCUCUGGAGGGGCUGCUGGAAAGCCUGAAGAUGGUGGGUUACCUGUCCAUGCACAUGCUUCUUCGUGGCAAGGAGCACAUGUACAGAGGUCUGCUGUCAGUGGUGGAGUGCUGUGGCAUUGCUUUCAGCCUGGUGGUGUAUCUCACCAACACUGUUGUCAACUUUGUACUCAUUACAACCCAGAAUAUUUACCUGGCAGCGGUUAGCGUGUGGCAGACAGUCUCUAGCCCACUGCAGAAGGUCCUGGAGCUCACGCUGACCUCUUUCACCUUUCUGUACAGCAGCCUGGUUGGGACUUCUGCGUUCCUGUUAGCUCCCUUUAAGCUGGUGUUGGACUUUCUGGUGUCACUUAUUCACAUGUUUAUUAGCAUCUUUAUAUUGAACAUCUAUGGCCUCCUGCUCACUAUCACUAUUGCUCUGACUACCACUGUCUACCUGAACCCAGAGCUGACCUGCGAGGUGGCUGCAAGACUUGUGGAUUACAUCAACUCUUUUCCUGCUAUGCACAGACUUUUUCUGGCUCUACGACGCCUCACUUUGGCCUUGCGAAAUGUCCCACGUUUUGUGCAAAACACCAUGCAGCGCCUGCCAAGGAUGCUCCAACACCUGUAUAUGUUAGAGAGAGGACUUUGGCAGCAGCUGUCACGACUCAGCAGCCAGCUCAGUCUGGCUCUGAGGACUCAGCUACACAGGGACAACAGGGAACGCGGAGAUGGAGACCCUGCAGAGGAGAGGCGGGACCCACCAGAUGGUAGAGCAGGAGACGGAGUCCAUGAGGAGCCACUGGAUUUAAUCUUGCCCUCAUCAAGCACAGAGAGACCACUGAAGCAGCAGUCCUCUUCAAGCGAGGAGGGUAAAGCUCUGCCUGCGAAGGAGCUGCUGACUCUGCUAAAGGAGCAAGAGGAGAGGAAGAAGUGUGUGAUCUGUCAGGACUGUAUCAAGACUGUGGUGUUGCUGCCAUGCAGGCACUUGUGCUUGUGCAGGGACUGUACAAACAUCUUACUGAGGCAGCCCAUCUAUCAACAAAACUGCCCGCUCUGUCGGCAUAUGAUCCUCGACACCAUGGAUGUGUAUUUAUGAGAGUUUGUCUUUAUAUUUUUACUACAGAAAGGAUGUUGUAUGAUCUAUGCUUUUGCCUGGCUGUAUUGAAAAACAAGUACAAUUUUCUUGAUAAGACCAAAGUAACAAUGCCUUAGUCCUUCUUAAUCCUCCCCUGGCGCAGCUACAAGCCUCUUUACUUGCUGUGAAUAUGUAAAUCUUUACAAACAGUUCUGCAGUUACAUCACUUUGUUGCAUAAGGGGAAAAAGUCUUAUAAUUGGUGCAACCAGGCUUGACAGCACACACUAAACUAGUUAGAAUAAUAUUACUGGUUCUUGAUUUAUUGAGGUUUAUUGGUUUGAAAUAAAGGGAUAUCAGUGCACAGUGCAGGUACAUGCUUGCUUUAAAAAUAUACUCUUACAGUUUCAACAUAAGUAUUCAACAAAAAUGAAAUAAUAAAACUCUGUAGAGCUGAAUAAAAUUACAAUAUACAAAUUCCAAAAAUGAAUAAGGAGCCAGCUAAAUGUUUUCAAAAACAAUAACAGUGGUUUUACUUUUUUAUUUCCUAUAAUUUUCUCUUCUCUGAUUUGUAUUUUUAGAACAUAGUUUGCAACAAUGCAGUGCACUCAAAAAGUAAGUUUGGGUGUUUUAAGUGUAACUUUAUUUGUUGUUACUUUAUUGUUUUUAUGGGAGUCAGGAUGUUAAAAUAAUCCAGUAUUGCCACGUUGAGUCUCAGGUCUUGUUGCCAUUGUAACCAAUCAGUGCCCUUUCCUGAUAGUGAUGUUUAUCAUCACUACUGUCUUAAAGUGUUGUACUUCUAGUGAGCCAAGUUGUAGAGAGAUGAAAUCGAUGCUCUGUGAAUCCACAUAUGCUGUAUGUGUGACUGCCAUGUGUGUUUUGUCAAUGAAUGCCUCUUUUGUAUUUUUUUUACCUUUUAAUUUCUGUAAAGGAAAGGACCACUUCUUUUGUAAAGAGGGUUGCUGUAUUUUCUGAAAGUUUAUUUCCAGUCACAUGACAGAAUUCCACUUUAUUCUGUAUAUUUGUUCUAAAGAUAGGGCUUAUUCCAGUCCUCCAGCAGAGGUUUGUUACAGUCAAACCAGAGAUACAAUCCAUAAAAGGUUUUAUCUUUCAUUUGUCUUUGAUACAAAACAGGUUUCUGCUCUAUAAAAGGACCAUAAACUAAUAAUGCUUCAAAUACAUUGACUUUUGUUCCUCUUUAGUUGCUGUCAAAUCUAGACUGUUGUUUACCAUUGUCUAAAGUUUAUAGGGCAUUAUUAUUACACGGUUUAACAUUUUAUUAUUCGGGGUUUGGUUGUGUGAGGUCAGAUUGGUAAAUGGCCUCAUUUGUUUUUGAAAAGCUAAUAUAAUUGGUUUGAUUAAAAAAAAAACUAGAUCUGCAAAUUUCAGACUUUUUUUUCCAUAGUUCAUCACUCCAGUAUCUUGGAAGUGGUCUAACUGAAAUCUGCAAGGUUGUCAAUUUUUAGGGACCUGACUUUUCAUUCACAAAUUAAAGAUUGGAGCAAACACCUCAUGUGACCAUCAUCUGUUUCUACUUGCAGGUUGUACGAGGUGUGAUGUGAUAGGAUUUGAAGAGAUGAAUGCCUUUUUAAGAAAUGCUUUGGCUGUCAUUAUUUGGCAAGUUCUUUGUUCAUAAUAAAACAUCAGAGACUUUAA